UCUACAGCAUUCCCUGUCUGCAACUGAAGCCUUGUUUUAUUUAGCUAGGCGAAGCUGUCCGCGUUUGGCUUGUGUUUAGACUUGGGCUGCUUUUUUUUGCCAGCUAGCUUGGUUAGCUAGCUAGGUUAGCUAGCUGAACAACAACAGCGUGAGCUUUAGCUGGUACAUAAAAAUAGCUGGCUAGAAACUGAUCUUAUAGAGUUUAUUAAUCAUAAUACCACAGCAAUACAACCUCGAGACGAGUCGGAACAAGACCAGUCUCAGGGCUCACCAUACUCAAUGAGCGUACAGCGCAAUGUCAGAGCGCUCUGGGCAAACAGCAAAGGGGAAGGAUGGCAAAACCAAGUAUGCGUCUCUCAACCUGUUUGAUACUUACAAAGGAAAGAGCCUUGAAGCACAGAAGCCUGUUGUUACCCCUCGUCAUGGCUUGCAGUCUCUUGGUAAAGUUGCCUCUGCACGGCGCAUGCCCCCCCCAGCCAGCCUGCCCAGUCUGAAGGCGGAGAACAAAGGCAACGACCCCAACGUCUCGCUCGUUCCCAAAGACGGCACAGGAUGGGCAAGCAAGCAGGAUCCAGCAGACCCAAAGAGUACCGAUGUAUCGUCAGCACCGCAGCCGGAGUCGCAGCAGCCUGUGGCUUCACAGACACCUGCGCCGAGCCUGCCGAGAACACCUCCAGCUCAAGAGGCCCAAACUACAGCUCUAGCCGCAGGGACAAGGUCCUGGGCUCAGGCCAGUGUUACACAUGGAGCACAAGGAGAUGGUGGAAAGGGAUCAAACCAACCGUCGCCAUUCUCUCGCGAGGAAUUUCCCACCCUGCAGGCGGCGGGAGACCCGGACAAAGCUGGCAAAGAACAGGCCACUGCAGAUCAGUGGUAUGGGCCAGGACCAAGCCUCCGCCCCCAGAAUGUGACGAGUUGGCGGGAUGGUGGGGGCCGUGCAUUGGCACCCACCAUACCUGGGGAGGGGUUGGUGGAGGGCGGCAUUGGAGGUGCAAUGACGAUGGAGGGUGCUGCUGGGGCCCCUCCCCUCCAGCAGAAUCCGCCCUCCCUUGGGCCGCCUAGAAACCCUCCUGCUGGCAGCCCCACCCUUCCACUCCCCCAGCCUCCUGUUGGCCCGCAGUUCCCUGCUUACAGAGGAAUCAUGCCUCCAUUUAUGUACCCACCUUAUCUGCCCUUCCCACCCCCUUAUGGUCCACAGGGGCCUUACAGGUUUGCUCCACCCAGUGAGGCUGCCAGAUUCCCUCGUUCGCAGGGCGUUGCUGGACCGGAUGGGAGGCCCCCAUGUGGUCCCCGUGGUGAGGUGGUCAGACGCCCCUCCAUCCUUAAACAGGAUGACCUCAAGGAGCUGGAUGAGUUAGAUCAUGAUGGAGAUGAAGGGUGGGCCGGGGCACAAGAGGAAAUUGACUACUCCGCCAAGUUGAAGUUCAGCGAUGAUGAAGGAGAUGAUGGAGAGGAGGAGAAGAUUGAAGGCCAGAAUGGAAUUCGGGAGCAGCAGAAGUCCCAAGACGGACCUGCCACAGGUUUACGUUCUCAAACGUCUGACAGUGGAGGGGAGAUGCGGCACACCCCUCCUUCCAGUAGUGAUGACGCCUCACCAGCACCCUCCAGCAAGCCAAGUUGGGCCGAGGAGGGAGGAAGCGGCUGGUGUGCUCAGACAAGCACUGGACCCCAUCAGGACCGGCCCCCAAACCAGUCAACCUCCCAAAAGCCACCUCAGGCCCAGCCGGGUGCCCCUGUCCCUCCAGCCUCAAGCGUCCUGCCCCCCCAGCAGCAGGGUGAAGAUGAGGAUGAGACAUGGCGUCAGCGGAGGAAGCAGUCAUCUUCAGAGAUCUCUGCAGCGGUGGAGCGUGCCCGACGUCGGCGCGAGGAGGAAGAACGUAGGAUGGAAGAAGAGAGGCGUGCUGCAUGUGCUGAGAAGCUGAAGAGGCUGGAUGAGAAACAGCAGCAGCAGAAGCAACAGCAACUUCAGCAGCAGCAGAGCAUCAAGCCCAGUGCUGCUGGGGACGUUCCAACGACCAGUCCCAGCCCUUCCCUUCCAGCAUCAGUGUCCUCCUCCAGUGCCAGUCAGCCCCCAUCACCCUGCGUAGACAUAGAGGAACCGCCUCUUGCAUCCGCUCAGGCGGGUGUCACCACAUUGGGGCUAAGUGCUAAUGCUAAUAACAGGCAAAGGGCUGGCAGCAACAGCAGCUAUGACUCAAACACUGAGUCCCCACAAGUUGCUCAGCCUCUCGCCCCUCAGCAUCAGCCGCCCCUCGAAGUCCCAGGACAAGGGGAGAGCAAAGAGGAGCCCGUAGCAAGUGGUGCACACAUCCGCAGCAGCAGAAGUGGAGAUGAAUCUGUAAAGACAGAAGCGGUGUCAGGAGGAGCAGGACGGCAAGGGAGUGGAAUGCCUGGCCAGGGUUUUUCCAAAUACCAAAAGUCUCUGCCACCUCGCUUUCAGAGACAACAGCAGGAACAGCUCCUCAAACAGCAGCAGCAGUGGCAGCAGCAGCAACACCACAACCAGGCAGCCCAAGCCCAGCUCCAGUCCCAGCCGACUCAGCAGGGCCCCUCUCCUGGUCCCACACCGCAGUCAGGCCCUAAACAACCUGCCCUGUACCCACCGGGCUCCAUGGGACGACCUCCUCCUCUGCCCAUGAAUUUCGACCCACGUUGGAUGAUGAUGCCGUACAUGGAUCCUCGCAUGAUGCAGGGUCGUCCCCCUCCCAUGGAUUACUACUCUGCCAGCAUGCAUCCCUCUGGACUGAUGAGUCGGGAGCGCUCUGAUUCAGGUGGCUCCGGUUCAGACCCCUUCGAUAGACAACAGCAUGGAGGUCCCCCUCAUCCUCAUCGUGGUACACCCCCCAUGGAUCCUAAACUGGCCUGGGGACCAGAUGUUUUUCCAGGGGGCAGUGAGGGUCGAGCUUUGAGUUCUCCCUUAAGGCAGAAACAGACUCUGGAGGAGGAAGACAUUGGUAAAGGCCCAAGGUCUGACACUCCUCCAGUGCGCAUGCGAGAAGGUGGUUCAGGCCCCAUUCAGCCACCUGGUGUGGCACCUAAUUCUCCUUCUGGAUCCUCUGAUCAAAAUACAGCACCUAUGGGGACUCAAGUUGGUUGCCAGGGAGGCAGCCAUCACCAACCCUUCUUAGCAGGGCGAGGAAACUACAGCACCUUUGCUGACAAUGGAUCCAGGAUGGCCACUCACCCACAGCAAAGGGGGAGCAGUGCUGGAGAGCUUCGUGGCUUUGGCCAUCAGGAUGAAGGUCCACAGGGCAGCCAGCAGAGUCAAAUCUGGGGGGCCCCACAUGCCCACUUUGACCGCAACGGUCGUGCAGAUCUCUCUUCCAUGGAGAACAACCCCCAUUUGCAGCACCAUCAUGCUCAUCACUCUCAUCCUUCUCAUUUCUCUCUUCAUCCUCACAAACAGGAGAAUGGCAGAGAGCAGGAGAGAGGAGGAGAGCCCAAAAAGAGCGAAACCUCGCCUCCACUCCACCAGCCGUCCCUGUCCUCCUCCUGCUCCUCCUCUUCCUCCUCCUGUUCAGCAAGAGAGGACAGCAGUGGAAAGCAGUCACUACAUCACCCACCUCCUCAUCAUGAGCAUGACACUGGUCAUGGAAAUGUUGGUAGCCGGAAACAGGACAAAACGGGAAGUGCAUAUUCUCACAUGCAGUCCUCCCAGCAUACUGUGCAGCAGCACCACUCCAAAGCUAAUUUACGUGGUCGGGAGCAAAAGACUGAAACACAGUGGGGUCCAAGACCUGGAAGCAGCAGUGCGAGUGGUGGACAUGCACAUAUCAGAAAGGCAGGUUCUGGACACACAGGAGGAGAAGAGUCCAAUCAUCAGAUUGAUAAGCCUGUUGUCCAAUCAGGAGGUGGUAACCCUAACAAGCGGGCAGGUCCUAUUAAGCGUCCUGUGCUGAAGGAAAUGAAGAAGGAUGGUGGUGAAGGUGAAGGAGGGAAAGUGACCGGAGGCUCUGGAAAAGAUAAAGAACAAGAUGCAAGUCAGGCAUCAGUCAAGCAAGAUUCUGGUCCUCAUUCCUCAUCUGGACCCUCUGGGAAAGAUGAACCCCCACCAUCUGGAAAACCAAGAAAUGGUGGAAAGGAUCGAGGUGCAGGUGGGGGACCUAGUAAAGGACCCAAAGAAGGGGACAACUUUGUCCAAGCCGCUGGCUGUCCACCUCCACUGUCUAGAAGGGACAGGGAGCGUUCUUAUGAAACGAGUGGUAGCGGAGGAGGUACUACUUGCCAUGCAGGCUCUUCCCGAGGCAACCGAGCGAACCGUGGAAGAGGAGAGUUCUAUGGUCGGGGCAGAGGCUACAGGGGCACUUACACGGGCAGUGCACGUGGCAGGGCAGGUGGUAGAAACAGCCGAGACUACAGGUCAGCUGCCAACAGUGGCUAUCAGCAUGGCUCCUCCAACCAAGAUUACAAGAGGGAGGUAUCGUCUGGCAGACAUGGCCAGGGAGGCUCUCAGCAUAAUCCUGGACGUGCCAGAAACCACAGUGAGACACGAAGUGAGGGAUCUGAAUAUGAGGAGGUGCCGAAAAGGAGGAGGCAGAGGGGCUCUGAAACAGGCAGCGAGAGCGCUGCUAGUGACCUUGCUCACUCUGACAAGGAGGAUCGCAAAGCAAACCCAAAGAAAGGAACAAUUGGCGAGAACCCAGCUAUGACCAAUUCAUCUAGCUCAGCCCCUCCUAGAAACACACAAGCCAGAGUGUUCACGCCUAGGGGAGUGCCUUCUAGACGUGGCAGGGGUGGAGGAGGCGCUGGAGGAAGUGUCUACAGAAGCGCAGGCAGUGGAGGAGGAGUGUCUGGUGGACAUCGUGCUGGGUCUGGUUCUUCUCAAGGUUUGUCUGUUAAAUCCUCUGCAUCGGUCCGAAAGCAGCAUACACCCUCACAACCCCCACCACCAAAAGAAGCAAAUCGUGGACCUAACGGGGAAAAGAGGGAGAAGACUGCAGAGCAGGGCCAGGCUCCGAGUCAAGGCAUAAACUCUUCAAUACCCUCUGUGCCCACAACUGCCCACCAGGGCACUGAAAAUGGGGGUCUGAUUCAGCUGUCCUCGGGCCACACCACAUCCAAUUCCACUGGUCCCACAACCAAACCAGUCUCUCUGCCCAAUGCAGACGGCCGGAGUCUUCCGCACAGAGGUUUUGAGCGACCCCCUCGUCGCAGGCGCCACGGAAGGUCCCAGCACCAGCAGGAUAAGCCUCCUAGAUUCCGUCGACUGAAGCAGGAGCGUGAGAAUGCAGCCCGUAUUAACGGAAGUAGUGGAAUCAUUGAAUCUGUAGGUGGGCGACAGCAACGGUCCACUUCGCCACCCCAAAAUUCCAUGCAGGAAACGGAUGGCACCCCUAGUGUACCCACUACCGCCAGUGUUGUUGCAAAUGCAAACCAUGGCGUCACAGCAACUACCAAUAACAAUAACAAUGUUGGGCAGCUCGGGAGUGCAAACCUGAAUCUGAACAGCCACCACCAUCACCACCAUCACUACCAUGGCAACUCUGGCCUGACCCACCCUCAGCACCACCAUAACCACAACCCAGCUGGCGGCGCCAAGUCUCCUGAUGUCUCCAACCAGAACUCUGACCAGGCCAACGAGGAGUGGGAGACUGCCUCAGAAAGCAGUGACUUCACAGAGUUUCGAGAGAGAGACGGCGGAGGAGCCGGCAAAUCCUACUCCUCCUAUCACCACCACCAUCCUUCAGGCAGAGGAGGCAGCGGAGGAGGAGGAGGAGGUGGUGGUGGAGGUGGAGGUGGAGGUGGUGAGAGAGAGAUGACUACUAAAGAAUCGGCUGCCAACAAGAGGAGCUUUUCCAGUCAGCGUCCUGGAAUGGAGAGGCAGAAUCGAAGGGUCAGUGCUGGUGGCAGUGGAGGUAGAGGCUCCAGAGGCCCACCAGGCGGUGGUGGCGGGCCAGGAGGUGUAGCUGGUAAUGGUGGGGCCAACCGUGGCGAGAGACGUGGCAACUGGCCCUCUCCCAAAAACAGGAAGUGAAUCCUUCUCCCCUUUUUAAUUUGGAAACAUUUCGAAAGCAUCCCUCUUUUUCUCUGCCCACUCAUCUCUCAGUUCUCCUCCCCUAACAUAACCUUAUUAUUAUUAUUAUUAUUAUUAUUAUUAUUAUUGUACAAGAUAUAGUCAUGAAGAUGGUGUACACACUCAUUCUAGCUCCCUUGGUUUAUUGCUUUGUCUCUUGUCCCCCCCCCCCCCCCCCCCCCCCCCUUUUUUUUUUUGCCCAUGCACACCUUGUUUCCUUUCAUGCACCCAAAGCACCGAAGUUCUACUCAGAUUAGAUAUUGCAUCUACUUGACCCCAUUUUAAAUGUAUCUUGACUGAAACAAACAUACAGAUAUAAAACUCAUACAUGUUUGCAUAUACAAGCACAAUAUGGCAUCAAGCUGACACAUACACUCAACCCUAUGACUGCGGCAUGCGGUGGUCAUACAUUUGUAGCAGAAUUGACAGAGUAGUGGCUUGAAGCAUACAUUGAAGGCUGAUGUUUAUAUGAUGUCCCUGUGUAUUUAUACAAUGUUGGGGGUUCAGCUUGUAUAUUCAGUGAAGCAGUUCUGCAUAUUCAGGUUGGGACUGGGGUGUGGAGGUGCUCUUUUAAUAACAGAUGUACCAUAGAUUUGCUUUUUCCUACUUCUGUGCUACUUCUUUCCUUUUACCUCAUCGUUCAGUUAUGUUCAUAUUCCCUCCCUUUAAAAAAGUUAGGGUUGUAAUACUUUUUUUUCCUCUGCAAAGCAGGUCAUUAAAAUGCAUUUUUUUAUAAACACCCUUCUUGAUUUUUCGCAGUUUUUGAGUUCCUCACUAAUUUGUGCUCGCCAACCCAUGAAAUACUAAUGUUCACAUUUACUGUUUCUGAUAUCACUGUUGUAGCUGCUUGUUCAGAACUAGUGUGACCUUUUGGUUUUGUUUUGUUAUCCAAGGUUGUUGGUCUUCUCUGCUCUAGCUUAUUUGUGUUUCCCUGUAGUUCACUUGGCUCUUUUGGCCUCUGCAUAUAUUAGUUUUGUUACUUGCAAACAGACUCGGAGAACAAAUGGUUUCUUCUUCCACCUUCCACAAAAAAAACACCUGAGUGUUCUGAUCCUAAGAACAGGACUUCAAAAUGUUCCCCACUUUUUUUUUUUUUUUUGGUUCCCCUGGCAUUUCUUCAAUUUUAAAAAUUAUUUUCAAACGUCUAAAAGCAAAUAAAGACUUGCCUUCUCAUUUAGAAACUUGAAGUACUCCUAAUUUGAAGGCACCACCCACAUUUGCUUUCUUUAGUAUGCAACCAAACUCAGACACUCCUAGAAUAUUCAUCCCCCUCCCUCCUCCAGUGUGUGCCUAGUGUUUUGUCAUUUAUUUAUUAGGUGUCAUACUGCAGUUCUGUUUUAAUCAACAUGGGCAGUAAAUAUUGUGCUAUUUGCUACGUUUACUCACCAGUUGUAGUAAAUAUAGAGGUGUUCUGUUAAUCAUUCUCCAUUUAGUUUCCGUUGCAUCUUUGCUUCAAAAAGCUGACUAAACCUACGGUUCAGUUCACGUUGGUCGGCAUUGUUGAUCCCAACAAAGUAGGACCGAUCAACAUUUCACAGGUUGUCUCAUAAAGUCUUUGCCAAGGAGUUACUCGCCCUUUUUGGUUAGUGUUAUUAAAAAAAGCUCAUUGAUUCCAGAUGUGCAGUACACCUUGGAAUCAAGUCACGUGUACCCACUCGAAGGGACUGUCUACUGGCAAAGGUGGUCCAAAUUAAAAAAAAAAAAAAAAAAGAAUCCAUUUUAAAUGAAUAACCCCUGAAUUUAAAAGAGGUUCCCUUCUGUUUUCUGACCAGCAUCUGUAUUUUUUUACUGCUGUAAGUUGGGGUUUGUUUUCUGGGAAUGCCUUUUUUUUUCUGGACAAUAGCUUUGGGAUGUUGAGUAGGGCCGAAUGAAUUGUGUAUGAGUGAGUAGGGCAUUUGAAGUGUGUGUGUGUGUGUGUGUGUGUGAAUUCUCUCUACUGUAUGUGUAAGGUUAUUUUGUGGGGAGGGGGGCUGUUGAAGGCAGAAACAAUUGCCCUGUUUUUUUUCUUCUCCUUUUGUGGACAAUAUUAAGAUGUUUUUACCGUGUUCCUUAUAUACAUUCACGGAUAUGCAUUCAAGUGUGUGUAUGUUUAUCCAAAUUAAAUACUUGCAGUGAGAAUCAUUGCACACACUCCCCCCCCCGCCCCCCCCAAAAAAAAAUCCUUACAGUAAGGAAAAGAAAAGCAGUGGGUAUAUUACUUCACCCCCAUUCCCCCCACCCCCCGACAUUUUUACCAAGCAUGAACACAUCCUCGGCUGCAGCUCUGUGAGCCUAUCCAUCGGUAGCCAUAUACUCCCCUAGGCUCUCAGUGCGAUCCCUCGUCCCUCCUUAACUCUUAGCUAUCUAUUGAUGUGGUCAUAUUGUAUGUACCCAUGUUUAAUGAGUAAAUAAAUAAGCAUUAAAGCGUGUUCCUGGAAUACUCAAAAGAUUGUACUAUACUUUCAACUCUUACCAAGGUACCUGAAGUGGUUACAGCUGUAAUAGCAUUUAUGGUUUAUUAUUGGAGCCUUGAUAUACACACAUGUAUGUAUAUUGGUAUGUAUCUAAGUUUGUCUACCCCAACUUACAUUCCCACAAACAAAUGUUGCCAUUUUUAAGUUCAAGGGAGCAAUGUACAAGCAGAGAAGUGUCUUAUUAUAAUAAAGUAUACAGAGAGAAGAGUUAAAUAAAAAUCUUUUGUUUUAAUGGA